GUCAUUUGUGUUGGUUGUUGUGGAGGGAGAGAAGAAGAAAAGGAGAGAGGGAUAGAUGGAGAAACUAAAAGUUUGGGGUGAAAACAGUAGAUAGAUACAAGGGUGGAGAGAGAAAAUACAAGGGUGCUAGAGAGAGAGGUUGAAGACGAGAGAAGGAGAUAGACGAGCAUACAGAAAGGUCGAAAGAAAAGGAGUAAGAUACAAGGAGAGAUAGUGAAAUACAGAUAAAGGGAGAGAGAGAGAGAAGGAAAAAAAUACAAGAGGUGAGAGAGCAAAUUGCAAAACACUUGCAAGUGAUACAGGGAAAGAGUACAAAGGGGAGAGAGAGAGAGAAAUGCCAUGCAGGAAGCGAGAUUGAUGUGCUGAGAGAGAGACAGCACAACCAGGGGAGGAAGAAAUACAAAGACAGAGGGAUAAAGGCGCAGAGUGUGGGGAGAAAAAAGAUCAUUAAAGACAAAGGGAAAGGAUAAAACGAAAAUGAGACUUGUGUAGCUACCUUUAUCAAGAAAACAGGCAAAAAGGUUGGAGUGAGGAAAAAUAGCCCAAAGGAACAAAAGAGAGAAGGUGAUAUAUAUACGUGGAACACAGAAAACAGAGAGAGAAAAAAGAGGGGUAUAAUCAGAGAGAAAAUAAAUCGUGAGGAGGAUAGAGAAGCUCAAGAAAAAGACAAGGAUCAAUCAACAGAAACCAGAAAAGGUAACAGACAGGAAAGUCAACAAUCAAAUGAAACAAAGAAGAACAAACUAGGUAAUAGAAAGGGAGCAAAGAGACAAACAGACUCUGAAGAACAGCAUGGAGAGGAAAGAAGAAGAAAUAGUAACAGAGAGCCAACAGAAUCAGUGAGCAAAAAGGCACAGACUAGUAAUCGACAGAGUGCUGACACUACAUGAAAAGAAAAAGAGGCUUUCAAUCCCGGGGGAAAAUAGAGAGGGAUUAAGUCACAACAAGUAUACACUGCAAAACAACCUAUGGGAACUACAGAGGAGAGUGAGACGGCAAAGUGUAAGGAAUGUGAUGUAAACACCAGGCAGAUAUAAACGGACUGCACAAGGAAUAUAAAUAGGAGCACAAAUACUACAAGAAGAGAGACACUGUCACACAGUGUACAAACGGCAAGAGGAGUUCAGAAACAAGGGAGACAGCAGCGAGAAAACUGACCGUGCAAAAUUCAUCAGAAGCGGGCCAGUUGGAUAUCGCAGAAAGCCAGGGCAAGGAUUUCUCGACAUUACCUGUGGCUAUAAAAUUAAACUGGAGCAAGAGAGGCACAUUAGGAAAAUAUCAGUGGAGAAGAGGCAAGGAAUUGGGACUCUGAGGGAGAACAGUUUACUCUGAUGGAUAUGCCUUCACAUUUCUGAGUGGCAUAGAAGUGAUGAGAGUGGAGAGAAAGCAGGGGAUCUCUACUAUUUGCCAUUAGGCCAUGAGAAGAGAGAGUGCAGUAAGGAUGAAGAGGAUGACAAAUCAUCUUGCUGUUAGGCAAUGACUGCUGGCUGCACAGUCUGCUCUGCUUAUUGGAUGCUUUAACCGGGAGAAGGUUGAGUUGUUUAGUGUGUCAGUGUUUUGAUCUGCGAGUAACAGGAACGCAGUGGAGGGAGAAGAAGGGCUGCAUGAGAUGUCACCGUCUACCCAAAGAAUGACUCAAGUUACCCACACAGGUCAGUUUCGAGGAAUAUGAUUAAAAAAUGGCAAGGUUUGAAAAUUAUCAGGAGUACCAGCGGCUGGGAGCAGAUGAUUAUGAGGAGGAUUCCCCACCAGGUGAAGACUUGCUGGUGCAUGUUCCAGAAGGUUUGAAAGAUUCAUGGCAUCAUAUUAAGAACCUAGAUAACUUCUUCACAAGAAUCUACCACUUCCACCAAAAGAAUGGCUUUGCCUGCAUGAUGCUGUCUGAAUUCUUCGAGUUGGUGCAGUUCUUAUUUGUUGUCCUAUUCACAACUUUCCUGUUCAACUGCGUGGAAUAUGAUGUGUUAUUUGCAAAUACGUUCAUAAAUCACACUGGUUCCAGCCAACCAGAGAGGAAUAAAGUCACUCUGCCAGAUGCAAUACUACCCACAGAACAAUGCACUGCAAGGAUUCAGAAGAAUGGUUGGAUUAUCUUCCUCCUGACCAUGGCUGCAGUGUUCUGGGUGUACCGCUUGGUCAAAGUCAUCUGCAAUCUGUUGAGUUAUUGGGAAAUCAGAACGUUCUACAUCCAAGCACUGAAGAUCCCUACGGUCGAAUUGUGUAACUACAGCUGGCAGGAGGUGCAAGCCCGUCUGAUCCUGCUGCAGCGGGAACAGCAAAUGUGCAUCCACAAGAAGGAGCUGACUGAGCUCGACAUCUACCAUCGCAUCCUCCGCUUCAAGAACUACAUGGUGGCCAUGGUGAACAAGUCGCUGCUACCCGUCCGCCUCAGCCUUCCACUGAUGGGCGACACUAUCUUCUUCUCCCAAGGCCUCAAGUACAAUUUCGAGAUGAUCUUCUUUUGGGGCCCUGGAUCUCUCUUCCAGAAUAAGUGGAACCUUCACCCCAAGUAUAAGCGUUCUGGGAGUCGGUUGGAACUGGCGCAGCAGCUCAGUCGCACAGUACUGUUGAUUGGCAUUGCCAACCUCCUUCUCUGUCCCUUCAUCCUGGUGUGGCAGAUCCUCUAUGCCUUCUUCAGUUACACGGAGGUGAUCAAGAGAGAGCCAGGCAGCCUGGGGGCCCGCCGUUGGUCCCUCUUUGGGCGUCUGUACCUCCGGCACUUCAACGAGUUGGACCACGAGCUGCAGGCCCGACUCAGCCGAGGCUACAAGCCUGCCACCAAGUACAUGAAUUCUUUCACCUCGCCACUGCUCACCGUCUUCGCACAGAACCUGGCCUUCUUCUCAGGCUCCAUCCUAGCAGUCCUCAUCGCCCUCACUGUCUAUGAUGAGGAUGUGCUCACAGUACAGCACAUCCUGACUGCCAUCACCGUGCUUGGCAUCGUGGUGACAGUAUGCAGGUCUUUCAUUCCUGAUGAGUACAUGGUGUGGUGCCCGGAGCAGCUCCUGCAGUGUGUACUGGCCCACAUCCACUACAUGCCUGACCACUGGAAAGGAAAUGCCAAUAAAUCAGAGACGAGAGAUGAGAUGGCUCAGCUCUUUCAGUACAAAGCGGUGUUUAUUCUGGAGGAAUUACUCAGUCCCAUCAUCACUCCAUUUGUUCUGAUCUUCUCCUUGCGUCCGAAAUCCCUGGAGAUCAUUGACUUUUUCCGGAACUUCUCAGUGGAGGUGGUGGGAGUGGGUGACAUCUGCUCCUUUGCCCAGAUGGAUGUCCGGAAACAUGGGAACCCAAUGUGGCUCUCAGAAGGCCAGACAGAAGCCUCGGUGUACCAACAGGCAGAGAAUGGGAAGACUGAACUCUCUCUCAUGCACUUCACCAUCACCAAUCCACAAUGGCACCCUCCCCAGGACAGCUCGGUCUUCAUUAGUCAUCUGAAGGAGAAGGUACAGCAUGAUGCAGCCACUGGUCCACCUGCCCAACAUCUCCUGAACGACACACCAGUCUGCAACUCCCUACUCUCCAACGAGUCGACAAAUAUUCCUGAGAAUCUCAUUGUAAGUUUGCUCACGCGCUCAGCACUACCUGGCUCACUGCUGACUGGCAGGGAUGGAUGGUUUGGGCAAUCCUGUAGUACUGCCUCAGCUGCUGCUAGCGUCCUCGCUUCGCUGUCCUCAUCUCACCAUCCAACUCGGACAAGAUCCCACACUCUCCUCAUGGAGAACGGUGCUGAGAGUUCACUGUAUCGCAGUGAUAGGACAAUUAUGGAAGAGAGCAGUAUGUCAGCAAGUGCAGGCUCUGGUAGAUCUCUGCUUCUUGCCAACUUCGCUUCAACAGAAAUGAGUCUUCAUGCUAUUUAUAUGCAUGAGCUUCAUCAGCAGAGUGCGCAGCCCCAGUAUACGGCACAGGGAUCCCAGACUCUCAAUUCAGUCACCGAACAAGCCAGUGCACCAGUGCCCCCGUUGACUUCACCGGAAACACUGACGGCCUAUUCCCAGCUGCAGCUCGGGGGCUGGGCAGAAGAGACUGAGGGGAAAGAUUCCGUUACGGACCCAGUAGAACCACAAGACCAUGAGGAAGACGUGCCUUCUAAGAUGGAUAGGGUUUAACGGUUUAGACAAGACUGAUCUCAUGGCCUUAACUCCUUACAAACUCAUGGUGAAGCGAGUUUUCUGAUCCUGUGGUAUCGAGGCUCGUGGUCAGUGAUUGAAAAUAUUUUCUCCCGGACUUCUCAUUGCACUAAAGAGUCAUCAACGUCUUCCAGAACCUUCUCGUGUUCACGUUGCGCUUUGUCUGCCAUCUGCCCGUGUGGACAAUCACAGUGGGCAGAGAUUGCAGCUUCCUGAUGUGAAUAUUUUAGUGCAUGUUCUUUUAAAAGAGAAAAGAAGAACUUAGGUAUAAGGAAUGAAAUGUUGUCAGUGUUUGUGGCUUUGCUUCAAAAGCAUGAGCCGCCACUCCGAGAGACUUUGUGGAUUUAAACAGACAGAUCUUGCUGCCAGGUUUGGAUGGGGAGAUUCUGUGAUAAAUGAAACCAAGGAGAGGAUGGGAAGGCAGCAGCAAAAUGAUACCAUUGGGAUGGAGCUGAUGCAUUGGAGAAGGACGAGUAAAAUCCAAGAGGCCUCUGGCUUAUUUCCUGCCCCUCUGUCUUUGCCCGUUUCCCAUCCCAGCAGCACCCAGACCUGGCUGAGCUGUCAUUACUAUGUGUGCGCUGAGUUUAAUAAUUCAAAGUGAAUUCCAAAGUCUGGAAUCUGCUGUAUGUGGCUGGGAAGCCUCCAAGAAUCUUGAGACCUUCAGAUAUCCACAUCCACCCAGUCUCCAGGAACAGACUUAUUUAACUUUGUACAUUUGUUGGGCUGCUAGUUCUAUGGGCAUUGGACUUGCUUCAGCUGCUCAUGGUUUAUGAGCUAAACUUGAGGCAGUUCAACAUGGGAGGUGUCACAGACACACUAGUGAGCCCCCUGCCCUACACUCACCUACCCCACGCCACCAUUCCCUUCCCUAACUUUUAUUCCCCCUCCCCCACACGUCAUUCCCCUCCUCAAUCCUUCCCUCCCCAGAUCCUUGGUUCCCCCCCUCCCUGCUCCCCACCCUGUCCCAAGGCCUCUGGGAUGAAUUGUCAGGGUUUCCUCAGGGAUUCUGCUCAGUUCAGCCCCACACUGUGUUGGGGGGGCGGUGUCUGUCCACACUCAGACCUACCUCAAGUGAAGCUCAUAGACUGACACAGCACCAACAGAGACCAUUUGGUCGUUGUAAAGACAGCUUCUUUAAAACAGCUAUCCAAUUAAUCCCAUCACUCUGCUGCUGUUUUCUCACAGCCCUGUUUUUUUGUUUCUUUCACUUGUUUAUCCAGUUCCUUUUCGAAGAUUCCUGUUCAAUCCACUUCCAUUGUCCUGUCAGGCACUGCAUUCUGAUCACCUUGACUCCUGCCCAAAAUCCUUUCUCCUGGUUCUUAUUACCUUAAAAUUCUUCAACCUAGUGACUAGCCUCCAGCCUCUGGAAAGCUUCUCCUGAUUUAUUCUCUGAGCUUAUGAUUAUGGACAUCUUGAUUAAAUCUCAUAACCUUCUCUGCUUGAAUUAAGAAUUGACGCUGUAUGUAUGAACAGAGAAUGCCAGCAUGGAGCUGUUUGGGACUGAUAGACCGAUGGUGCUGCCUGUUUCGUGCUGUUGAUUCGAGCUACUUGCCCUCCGACGCACUCUCACUUUGUUGGUUGCAGCUUCUGAAAUCCCUGGCUGCUCAGGGGCUGAGUUUGAAUCAAUUGUGCCACAAUGAGACUGUGACCUCACUGUUACAUCGUUGUACAACCCUGAGCUCUGUAUCUGUUAGCAUCCUCACCAGAAAUCCAAACACAGCUAAUCCUGCGGAGGGCAGAUUGCUCUGGGAACCAAUCCUUAGAAGCAACAAGAGAGCUACCAUCAGGAAAAUGUUGGUGUCAGGACAGUGAAAUGGAGCUAUCUGCCCUGUCGCAGAUUAGAGAGUGUAGAGGGAGCUUUACUCUGUAUCUAACCCCGUGCUGUACCUGCCCUGGAAGUGUUUGAUGGGGACAGUGUAGAGGGAGCUUUACUCUCAGUUUAAAAGCGUAGAGGUAGUACGUGUGGUGCAGAGGUGGAUUUCCUGCCUCUCAGCCGGAAAGGUUGGGUUGAAGAGCCACCCCAGCUGGAAAUGUGUCACACGAUGUUCAAAAACAGAUGGAUUCAAAACAUUUCCCCAGCACGGUCUGUUUAACCAGUUUGUGAUUUUACUUUAUUUAAGAGUAGAGGAAUCUUUACUCUGUUUCUAACCCCGUGCUGUCCCUGCCCUGGAAGUGUUUGAUGGGGACAGUGUAGAGGGAGCUUUACACUGUUUCUAGCCCUGUGCUGUGCCUGCCCUGGGAGUGUUUGAUGGGGACAGUGUAGAGGGAGCUUUACACUGUAUCUAGCCCCAUGCUGUCUCUGCCUUGGGAGUGUUUGGUUAAGGCAGAGCAUAAGUAUUAACUCUGAUAACCAGUUGAUACUGGUCAGUGGUGCUGUGUGUUGGGGUUCUCAUUUGAAUGAACUCAUUUUAAAACUAAACGAUCAGCUACUAGGUGCGAUGAUGUCGGUUGAUUUUACAAAGUGACAACUGCUAAAUAGAAAAGUUUUAUUAAAUAUUUAUAACCAA